AUGACAGAACCCCAGCACGGCGCAUCAGAUUUUGCUUCAGAAGCACGUGACUCACUAGAUUUGGAACCAUUUAAUGUUAAUCCAGCUUUUUCCUCUACACAGAACAUCGAUGAUGAUGUAUUACAUAAAGUUUCCAAAACAGGGAGGUUAACACUGCUACCUACGAUACUUCAACAAACAAAGGAAUUUGAAAGUAACAAUUCUUUCGCAGACGAGACUCUAAUUCCAUUAGAUCAAGGUAGUUCUUUAUCUCACACACAGGAGCACUCGAGUAAACAUGAUUGUUCUCCACAAAGUAAUCUAGAAAGUCGAUUCGCUAAUUUGAAACUUGAUGAUGUUAACAAAAAGUCUUAUUCUAAUGAUGAUCAACAACUUGGAGAGGAUUCCUUUGAUAUUUUCAUAUUAAAAUAUUUCACUCAGUAUACCGGUCGCGAAGAUGUCAUUCAGUGGCUUGAUGACACUGAAGAAAAAUUCAAAAAGUUUGAUAUAGGUAGACACGCUCGAUUUGCUGCCAUAUCAUUUUUAUUGGCAAGCGAAGCUAAACGACGUUACAUUCGAUAUCGAGCAUCAAUAAAAUCUUUUGAUGAUUUCUACGCAUUUAUGCUAACGGAAUUCGAUUCUUCAUCUAUUUCCUCUUCAUCAGCUGCUACUCAUCAUGUUCGAUUCACGAAUGAUACUUUGCCAGAAAAGAAUAGUCAUACAUCUAUUGCCUCACUUCAUAAACAACUUCCAACUGACUUUAUGUCGGACACUUUCGAUCCAUUAUUUUCUUCGGUAACUACUUCAGCAGUCCAAAGUGAUGUUGGCGUCCCUAUUCACAGCAAAUCAGCUAUAAAUUCCACUAUUUCUUCUCAAGCUUCUUCUAAUUUUGAACUUGAUCAAACUCUGAAUGAUCUUCGCAAAGCUAUUGUAGGAGAUUUCAUAAAAAAUCCUAAGGUGUUCAAAGGCGGUAAAGACGAUGUUAAGAAAUNGCUUACGUCAAUCAACUUUCUACGCCAAUUCUACUUGAUACCGGAGCAACAACAACUUUCAUUCAUAAACAUCUAUUAG